GGAUGGGGAUGGAGAAGAGGUCCCGGAGCUCGUCCAGGGAGCCCCAGAGAAGGCGCAGAGAGUCCCCGGCUGCGCAGGGCAAACGGGAGAAGAGGGAGAGCAGCAGAGAGGCUGGCAAAGGGAAGGGAGAUGUGAAGCAGGAGAAGGCCAAGGAGACCAAGAGCACCACGGGGAGCGAUGGUAGGGUGCACACCUCCACCGUGGUGGACGUGGAUGAUGUGGUGUCUGAGGAAGAAAUGGAGGCAAUGGCGUUGCUGGAUAGUGAGCAGCAAGAGGAAGGUGUAAAGUCUCCUGGUCUGGGUGUCUGUGAGUGGCUUUUGACCAUCUUCUCUUUCCUGCUCAUCAUACUGACCUUCCCCAUUUCUGUCUGGUUCUGCAUGAAGGUGGUGCGGGAGUAUGAGAGAGCCAUUGUUUUCCGCCUGGGGCACCUCCUUCCCGGCCGAGCCAAAGGACCCGGCCUUUUCUUUUUCCUUCCCUGUUUGGACACCUAUCACAAGAUAGACCUCCGCCUCAAAACUCUAGAGAUCCCCUUCCAUCAGGUGGUGACCAAAGACAUGGUUACUUUGGAGAUAGAUGCUGUCUGCUACUACCGGUUGGAAAACGCCUCUCUGCUCCUCACCACGCUGACCAGCAUCUCCAGUGCCAUCCAGCUGCUGGUGCAGACCACCACCAAGCGCCUCCUGGCACACCAAGCCUUCUCUGAGCUUCUGCUGGAGAGGAAGAACAUCAGCCAGGAGAUAAAGGUGGCUUUGGAUGCGGUCACAGGCUGCUGGGGGAUCAAAGUGGAGAGAAUAGAAAUCAACAACGUGCAGCUGCCUGCUGAGCUCCGGCACUCCCUGGCCGUGGAAGCAGAGGCCCAGAGACAGGCCAAAGUGCGGGUGAUUGCUGCAGAGGGGGAGAAGGCUGCUUCCGAGUCCCUGCGGAUGGCAGCAGAGAUCCUGUCCAGUGCUCCAGCUGCUGCUCAGCUCCGUUAUCUCCAUGCACUGCACUCCCUCACCACAGAGAAACCUGCUGCUUUCAUCUUGCCCUUGCCUCUGGAUGCCAUGAACCUGGUCUCUGCUGCUACCCACAGCUCUCCAGCUGUGAGCAGCCUCCUUGCAGACACCACAAAGCUCCCAGAAAAUCCAAAAGACAAGAAGGACUCACCCAUGCUCUGAGAGAAAUGGUUCUCUCUCUCACCUUGCUCCUGCUCAGAAAGGAGCAAGAAGACUGGCCCACCAUCAGGUUCUGACCUGGAGGCAGGAGGGAAAGCAGCACAGUCCUGCAAUAUAAAGAGAAUUGUACACGGAAAAA